AAGUCAUCGGCAGCUGACUGCCACGAUCCGCAUUUUUAUUUAAUUCAUCUCUUCUUCUUUUAUUACGUAUAAUUACUCUUUAAUACUCUGCUGUUUUCCCAUCCGCCUGUUUCAUCCAUCUAUUUAUCUAUCCCUACACCUAGUUUUCAGAUACCUCCUGUCUGGUCUGCUUCGUGAUAUCUACUACAUAGAACAUCUUCCCUUCUAACCAAGGUACCACAGCGUCCCGAAUACAUUUGCUACAUAACACACGGAACAGCAGAAAUUCGAGUAACACGGACGACAAGGACAGCAAGGAAAAUAAUCAAGAAGAAAAAGAAGAAGAAGAAGAAGAAAAAGAAACACGACGAUGAGGGAUCCAUUCCCUAUCCCGCCCAUACCCAUCCUCACCAAGGCCGUUCAACCAUGGGCCGACUAUUUCGAGUUACCGACGCUGCCACUACAUAUACAUGAGGUCGUUUUGAUGGCUGCUUUCUAUCAUGUCAUAGGCAGUGUCGUCUCCCCUUUCCUAUCACGCCGAUUUUUCCCUACCCACUACGCGGCCCUAUCACCCAGCAGGAGGCUGAACUGGGACGUGCACGUCGUGUCUUUUGUACAGAGCACUACAAUUAAUAUCCUUGCGUUAUGGGUCAUGUUCGUCGAUGAUGAGCGUAGGAACAUGGACUGGCAAGAGCGUAUCUGGGGUUAUACUGGCGCAGCCGCUAUGAUUCAAGCUCUCGCCGCUGGCUAUUUUCUCUGGGAUCUCGUCAUGACUGCAUCCCACAUUAACAUCUUCGGUCUCGGUAUGCUCGCACACGCCACCAGCGCUUUGCUAGUCUACUCUUUCGGCUUCCGACCGUUCGUCAACUACUAUAGUUGUAACUUCAUCCUUUGGGAGCUCUCUUCUCCCUUCCUCAACAUCCACUGGUUCUUCGAUAAAAUGGGCAUGACAGGGUCUCGGGCACAGCUGUAUAACGGUUUAAUUCUCAUAUUUACCUUUUUCUGUUGCCGCCUUGUGUGGGGUACAUACCAGUCUGUCCUCGUUGCUCGCGAUCUCUGGACAGGUUUGCAUUCGGUACCAACUGUUAUGGCGAACGUCGCGCCUGAGAAUGUUCCCGAGGAGAUCUUUCCUUCCCAGUACGCCAAUACCAUGCGAUUCGUAAACGAUUCAACUAGCGUCCCGCUAUGGCUUGCUGCCAUUUACACUGGCAGCAACUUGACCUUAAACUCGCUCAACUUCUACUGGUUUUUCAAGAUGAUCGAUGCCGUUCGUAAGCGAUUUGACCCUAAAGAGACGGCAGCUCAGGAAGCAGAGAAGACAAAGAAAGAUCAUGCUAUCGCCACUGGCGUGGAACCGAACAGUGACCAAUUGAAGGCUCGGCCGCGCCGAGGCACUUUGCUAGACGGAGAAGAGGAAGAUGAGCCUCCACCAAUCUAAUAUCAUCCGAAAGAAACCAGCUACCCUCCACGCAGAUCACGUGUUGAUUUGAUCAUGGAAGAGCUUCAAUUAAUUAUCUCCCGCCCCGUCUCCCCAACAUUGCACAGAACGUUUUCAUAUGAGGGAAAUGACAAUAUAUACUUAUGAAGAAUUUGAUAUACGAUAAAUUUGAGCUAUUACGCUGUGAAUGAUGGAAUCCUAUUUACCGCCCCGGUGUUGAUAUUUACGAUAUACUGAAUGGAUAUUGAAUGAAAUUGACUACAGGAGUUGGCAAGUAUAUAACGUAAUACCCUAACAAUGGCGUAAUGUGAGGAUCUUAACAAACGGGUUGGAUUAUAUGAUAUCCAUGUGAAAGAUUAGCGUCGUUAUCCUAUAGGAUGCAGCUGGAGACGUCCACCCCAGCGUAUUUGAGAAAUAUAUGUAAAAGGG